AUGGAGAUCAGGGUGUUUUCUGAAUUGGUGAAUAAGAGUAGGGUGGCUGAUCCGAGAGGUAGGAAUUUCAAGCGUGGAGGCUCUAUUCCGCAGCAGACUCAGGGUCAAGGUAAUUACAGAAGGCUGAAUACCAAUGUUAAUCAGGGAAGAAGAUUUGGGAAGCAGCCACAGCAGGAUCUGAAUUGUCAGAGGUGCGGAAAGUAUCAUCCUGGAGUUCCGUGCAUUCGGACUUGGAGUAUGCUAUUCUUGUGGACAGCCCGGGCAUAUGGCCACCAAUUGUCCGAGAAGAAGAAGUAUGAGACUGGAGCAAGUCAUUCAUUUAUUGCAUGUGAAAAGGCCCAUGAAUUAGGAUUGAGAAUGGUGGUUUUAGGUUAUGAUUUGAAAGUAUAUAAUGCUACUCAUGAAGCUAUGGUGACUAAGAUAGGAUGUCCACAAGUUUCCUUUCGAGUACAACAGCGUGAAUUUGUGCAUGAUUUGAUUUGUUUGCCUAUGACUGGUCUUGAUCUCAUUUUGGGAUUGGAUUGGUUAUCCAAGAAUCAUGUUUUGCUUGAUUGUUCUGAGAAGUCAGUACAGUUUAUGCCGGAAGGGUCAGAAGCACCGGUUGUGGGUAUUAUGUUAUUAACUGCGGGAGUAUCAGGUGAUGAUCAGAGUUUAGAGCAAAUUCCGGAUGUCACCUUUAGAAUGGCUGAACUGAAAGCUCAGCUGGAAGAUUUGUUGGGUAAGCAUUUCAUCCGACCAAGUGUUUCUCCCGUGGGGAGCACCAGUGUUACUAGUAAAGAGAAGGAUGGGAGUAUGCGUUUGUGUAUCGACUAUCGGCAGUUGAAUAAGAUCAUUGUGAAGAACAAUAUCCGUUGCCUAGAAUCGAUGAUCUAA